GAGUUGGAGGUGGCCAAGGGCAAAAUGAGUGGGCUACCGGGCGCCAGGACCUGCCCAGGUCUGGGAGAGGCCUCCGACCUUAAGUCCCCCCUGGGCGCCAAGUUCAGGGAACCUCUCACCGAGACCCGGUUCCAGCAGCUCUUCGGAGACGCGGAGCAGGAGCCCGAGCUGCUCGCGGAGCCGCGCUGGUCCCGGCUGUGGCGGCGGCGGGCCAGUGCCUGCUCUGGACCGGGGGCGUGGCGCCUGCUCCUGGCGCGGCUGCCUCCGCUGCGCUGGCUGCCCCACUACCGCUGGCGGGCCUGGCUGCUCGGGGACGCGGUGGCCGGACUGACCGUGGGCAUCGUGCACGUGCCCCAGGCUCCCCUCACCUGUGCAAUCCUGCGCGAAGUCUUGGCCACUGUCCGGCUCAGGGAACUGGAGAGACCUCUCGGCUUGAAGCCUGCCCCCACCCAGGACACCGCGGACACGGAUCUCUGACCUUGACCGCCCC